AUGUACGUGACCCACAAGACAUCAGGUAAGGUGAUGGUAUUGAAGAUGAACCAGCAGCGAGCGAACAGGAACAACAUGCUGAGGGAAGUCCAGCUCAUGAAUAAACUGAAACAUCCUAAUAUAUUAGGAUUUAUGGGUGUGUGUGUACACGAAGGUCAAUUACAUGCUCUGACUGAAUACAUGGAGGGAGGGUCGCUGGAGCAGCUCAUACUGGGUCUGCCUCCUGAACCACUGCCGCAGUCCUUGAGGAUAUCACUGGCAGCUGAUAUGGCCGAGGGGCUGAUGUACCUUCACUCACUAGGAGUCUUCCAUAGGGAUCUUACUGCUAAGAACGUAUUAUUAAAGAAGAGGUACGACGGUGAAUACACAGCCGUUGUCGCUGACUUCGGUCUAGCGGCGAAAAUACCGCAUCCACUUAACGGUUACCGCCUGCCGAGCGUGGGUUCUCCGUGGUGGAUGUCGCCCGAGUGUCUCCGCGGCCGCUGGUACGACAACCGGUCGGACAUCUUCUCCUACGGGAUCAUACUGUGUCAGCUGAUCGCCAGGGUUGACGCCGACCCAGACGUGUUGCCUCGCACGGACAACUUCGGUCUCAACUACAUGGCCUUUGUAGAACUAUGUGACGAAGACACCGUGCCAGACUUCCUGAGGCUAGCUUUCAACUGUUGCAUUUACGAGCCUAAAGCGCGUCCGUUGUUCACCGAGAUAGUGAGCAAGUUGAAGGAAGUUAAGGAGGGGAUGGAGGAUGCGGCGUUUGACACGAGCAGCGGGAGCGGGUCGGGGGCCAGUGAUGACUAUGACUGCUCCGGACCACGGUCAUGUCCGGGACUUAGCGCCUGGCGACGACCGCACACACACACGCACAGGAGCGACAUAUCGAGUCGUUUCUCUUCUGUGGGAAAUUAUACACUAGUCACCGUGGGUAAAUUAAUAAAACCAGAUGAGGUAACGUUGGUAGUAUACUGGAGACUUAGAAGAAGUGGGCAUUGGAACACGACUCACAAGCACAGUGACAAGGGCGCUGCUCACCGACGGUCACUGUCGGAGCUGGAGUGGGCCUGGCGCGGGGGCGGGGGCUGCGGCGCGGCGCCCCCACACCGCUCGGCCUCCGCACUGGCGGGCGCGCCGCCCACCCCGCCCGCCCCGCCCCGCCUCGCCCGCCUACACCGGCUGGCGCACAUCAUGCUGCUGAGAGAUACGCACGCGGCGCCCACCCCCGCCCGCCGCGCGCUGCACACCUUCCGCGGGGUGCACAAGAUCCUGGAGCAUGCGCCGGCCGGCCGCUGCUCGUCGGGGGACGCACCCCCCGCGCCGCCCGCCGCCCCCGAGCCCCGCCGCGCCUCCCUGCCGCCGUCCCCGGUGUCCGCGCGCCGCGCCCCGUCCGCCGAGCCCGCGCCCGCCAGGAACGAGUGCCCGGAGCUGCGGCGGCGCGGCUCGUGCGAGAGCGGCAUCUUCUCGGUGGCCAACGAGGACCUGUGCGCGCCGUCCCCGCGCGGCGCCGUGUGUCCGUGCGCCCUGGUCGGCUGUCACCGCUGCUGGUGGUGGCGCCGCGACCUGUCUGUACAGUCCGCCGCCGACGACGACUCCGACCAGGAGCGCGCGCGCCCGCGGGCCUGCGCGGACUGCCUGCUAGCGUAUGACCGGCUGCUGCGGCGCCGCCCGCCCGCGCCGCCCGACGACUCCGCCCUGUCCACCACCGUCAGCUCGCUGAGGAGCCUCGACGACGCGGAGGAGGCGGACGGCGAGGGCUGGGCGGGCGUGCUGUGUGAGGCUGGGGACUGCCGCUCGGAGGAGCGCGAGCUGCACGUGCUGGCGCGCUGCUGCUGCGUGCGGCGCGGCCCGUGUGAGCGCGCGCUGGCCUCGCUGCCCGCGCACCUGCUGUGCGCCCAGCGCUCGUCCAGCGUGUACACGGACAGCUCGGAGGACGUGGCGUCCCUGGGGUCGGACGGCGUGUACGACGAGCGCGCGCCGCGUCACGGCCGCUCGGCUCAGAUCGCCAAGAUCGUGGAGUACUUCGAGCGUAAGGGCGCGGAGUUCCGCUGUGAGCGUGGGGCGGGCGGCCGGCUGGUGGUGCUGGACGGGCGGCGCCUCACCGUGUGCGAGGGCGCGGUCCGCUCCAAGCUGCCUCUGUUCGACCGCCGCUCCUAG